GGCGUACCGUUCGAGCCAUCGCAACCACCGCGCAUCAAGCCGCUCUGUCAAGUGACGUACCUGAGCCCACGCAUGCUCGCCCUCACCUUUGCCGAUGCCAGCGAGCUCGACACAUGUCUCCAUGUCGACGAAGAGGUCGUGUCGCUUCCGAGGCAGCUUGUCGAUGUCGAUGGCGACGGCGAACCGACGCCGCCCCUGGAAUUGAUGAACCACGCGCUCCUGGCCGGACGCAACACCAUGGGCGUCUUUGAGCUUACAUCUCUUCUGAGUCUGGCCGAGCUGCACGCUGUCGUUGCACCGCGCCUCACGCGUACGCGUCCUAUGUUUGCGACCUUGUUUCGCCUCACACCGCUCGCCCCGCACUUCUUGGAGCUCUCGUCCGACGAAGCGACGGCGACGCUGGUUGACCGCAUCGCGACCGUGCCCAUGGACGCCUAUCGAUCCUGGGAGCUAUGGCUGGUGCGUGGGCCGCGCGAUCGCAUCGUCUUUCGCGUCCCGCAUGGCAUCAUCGACGGUAUGGGUUGCAUCCAGUUCCUCCAACGCGUUCUCGCGGACGCUCCAAGUCCACCGAACGUCGUGCCAAAGCGAACUAGUAGUCGCAGACGAUUCAUUGACGACGUCUACGCACUUGGUCGCCUGUGGGCUGAUGUCAUGCGCCCCCACGUACCACAUCUGGGCUUCCAAGGUCGGCGCGAUGCGUUUGGGUCGCUCGCUGGCUUUUACGCAGCCCUGUCGCCAGCCACGGAGGUGCCUCAGACGUGCUUUUGCCGCAUUCCGCUAUCGUCGUUUCAGACCAUCGCGCGGCGCCACCACGUCACUGUGAGCCAAGUGCUCGUGGCGGCACUCGGUGAUGCCCUUCGCACCGUGCUGUUGACCAAGUUUGAUGCGGCGCUCGUCGAGUCACUACAGCUGCAGGUGCGCCUGCCAGUAGACGCACGACGCGGCGACGUCGACCGCAUGCAAGCCGACCUGGUCGCCAUCUGCUUGCCGCUGCAUGUCGAGAUGGCCGAUGCCAGCAAGCGACUGCGUGCGGUGGCCCGUGCGGGGCAGUCGAUCCAGAACGACAUUGCAGUGCGUCGAUGGUGUCGGGACACGAGUCUCGCCCUCGUGCCGUCUUGGCUGCUCGGACGCAUCCCGGUGCCGCCGCGCGGGUCCUGGUCGAGUCCCAUGUACGCCAGCAGCGUCGUCGGACCCCCGGAGCGUCUCACCAUUGCGGGUUCACCGCUCGACGCCUUUUUCUUCAUGUCGUCCGACCUCGACCACCGCAACGCCCACAUGCUCGAGGUCGUUAGUGUGUCGUACGAUGGGCAGAUGCAAAUUUCUCUCCGCACGCUUCUCGGCCGCGGCAUCAACCUCGGGCACUUUCAAGACGCACUUCUCGCAGCCAUCGAUCGACUGGUGUCGACGAAAAGCGACCUACCGGCGUAG